ACCCAAGUUUGAUCCGGAAUUUGCGGUUUGUCGUAUUUGAUCACCGGAUCAGAAAUAAUUAUAGUAAAUACCGUUUGUUAUCGUAACGGCGAUAAAAUGUCGACGCUCAUGUACGGUCUCGUCUUGACGAUAUUUCUUUUUGGCAAAUCGAUGCUAUAAAUCGAAUUCUUCAGUUAUAUGUGGAAUACUUUCUUAACAGGAACAUGAUAUCGAAAUGACCGAAGAAAUGCAGGAAAUGGCACAAAUGCUACACGACACAUGCGUCGCGGAGUCAGGCGUCGCCGAGGACUUGAUCGUUAAGUGCAGAUCUGGUGAUUUUGCAGACGACCCGAAGUUGAAGUGUUACAUGCUGUGCCUGUUGAACCAAAUUUCUGCUUUUGAAGACGGGGAAAUCGACAUAGACACCCUCCUCGCAGUGUUACCGGAGGAAAUAUUGGGCGAUGCCGAAUCAGUGCUUCGAGGCUGUGGAACAGUCAAGGGCUCCGAUGAUUGCGACUCCGUAUUCCAGACUAACAAAUGUUACUACGGCAAAAGUCCAUUGCAGCUCUUCCCUUAUCUUUUUUCAGGUGUACUUUUUGAUCCAACUUCGCAUGGUGCACGCUGCAGUAGUUUCCCGAAAAUGAAAGAAAAUCUCGAUGUGGAUUAUUUUUCAAUUACGUUUUCGCUGCAGGUGCAUAGAAACGAGUUUUCAGAUGUAGUAUGACAAUAAUAUGUUCAAUCCCUAAGGUGUAUUGUAAUAAACCGUGUGCAUGCGCAUGUAUAAUCGGUUCUCUAAUUCACCCCACGUUUUAUGCAACGAUGUAUUACACAAAAAUUGCACUGAUUUUAGCAAAUACUGUCUUCAUUCUAUUCCAUGAAAUGCAAUACUUUUAAAAUGUAUCGUUAAUAAAGAAGGAGACAAAUGUUUACCGAAGGAUUCAGUGGAAAUUUGCCACCGGGA